UUUAAUCUUCAUUAUUAUAGGCAAGUGAAUUGCAAAUUUCCAUAAUUAAACAUCCAGUGCACUUGUCAGAUUCUGUUGUAAAGUUUGAUAAUUGCUGUUGUAGGGAAAACAGUACAGCAGGGUGUUGUUGCCACAUGAUGAGCUUUUGAGGCUGAGCUAUUAGGAUGCCCUUUUACAAUGUUCUCCAUGUUUUCUGCUUUAGAGGCAAGGGAUAUCAUCAUGGAGAUUUCAUCAAAAGAAAAUACUCAGAUUUUCUCAAACACAAUCCUGCUUGUUGACCGAUCUUCAUUCAAAUCUGAAUCUUCUGCAUCCAAGGAAAAACAGUCGUAUUGUGGAGGUAUAAAGGUAUUCCUUGGAGCAUUGUCUUUUGUUUACUUUGCUAAAGCACUGUCAGGAAGUUAUCUAAAAAGUACUAUAACACAAAUAGAAAGAAGAUUUGAUAUCCCUUCUUCUUUGGUUGGCGUUAUUGAUGGUGGUUUUGAAAUUGGGAACCUCCUAAUCAUAAUUCUUGUAAGCUACUUUGGAGCGAAGCUUCACAGGCCAAGAAUAAUUGGAGCAGGCUGCUUAAUUAUGUCAGCUGGAACAUUCCUAAUUGCGAUGCCCCAGUUCUUCAUGGGACGAUAUGAGUAUGAAAGAUUCCCUUCCACCAUCAAUUCGACUGUUGGCAUCUCUCCAUGUCUGCAGGAUAAAACCCGAACUCUGCUCCCUGCCUUGGAAAAACCUCAAGCAAAAAUAAAUGCAGGCUGCGUACAGACAGUUGCAAUUAUAGGGCCAAUAUUUGGCUUUCUUCUAGGAUCCCUGUGUGCCAAACUUUAUGUUGACAUUGGCUUUGUAGAUCUGGACAGUGUAACAAUAACACACAAGGAUGUGCAGUGGGUGGGAGCCUGGUGGCUGGGCUACUUAAUAGCAGGUAUGAUUAGUGUUCUAGCUGGCAUCCCUUUCUGGUUCCUACCCAAGCACCUCCCGAAACCAGAGGGCAGGAAGGACUCCAGUAGCUCUUCUGAGCAGUCAGAGUUCAUCACUGAGGACAACAAGGACCAUCGAAAAUCUUAUCAGCAGCAAGUGAAGUUUGCUGAGAUGGCAGAAGACUUCUUGCCAUCACUGAAGAACCUCUUUGGGAAUCCAGUUUACAUUCUGUAUUUGUGUGCAAGUAUCAUUCAGUUCAAUUCUUUAAUUGGCAUGGUGACAUAUAAGCCAAAGUACAUUGAACAGCAGUAUGCACAAACGUCGUCAAAAACUAAUUUUGUUAUAGGUCUCAUCAACAUUCCUGCUGUGGCCUUUGGCAUAUUCUCUGGAGGACUGAUCAUGAAAAAAUUCAGAAUCAGUGUUUUAGGGGCUACAAAACUCUCCCUGGGAUCAUCUUUCUUUGGUUACCUUUUGCUCCUGUCAUUAUUUGCAAUGGGAUGCGAGAACUCGGAUGUGGCUGGACUGACUGUGUCGUACCAUGGGGCUAAACAAAUGACUGAUUAUGAGCAAGCCCUGUACUCAGAGUGCAACUCGGGCUGCGCAUGUUCCAAGAACGACUGGGACCCCAUUUGUGGGGAAAAUGGAGUUACCUACGUUUCUGCUUGUCUUGCUGGCUGCCAGGCAUCCAAUGGCAGUGGGAAACAUACGGUAUUUUUUAACUGCAGCUGUGUGGGAACCUUGGAAUCACCUUCACAAAGUUCCUCAGCUGUGGUGGGACCAUGUCAAAAAGGAAAUGAGUGUCCAAAAAUGUUUCUGUAUUUUCUAGUAAUAUCAGUUAUCACUUCAUAUACUUUGUCAGUAGGUGGCACACCUGGAUACAUACUGCUUCUAAGAUGUAUUAAACCACACUUGAAAUCAUUUGCACUUGGUAUCUAUACCCUGGCAAUAAGAGUGCUUGCGGGAAUUCCAGCCCCAGUAUAUUUUGGAAUGGCCAUAGAUACCACUUGCCUGAAAUGGGGAAGCAAAAGAUGUGGGGGAAGAGGAGCAUGCAGACUCUAUGACUCCAGUGCACUCAGGUAUGUGUACCUGGGACUGACUUUGGUGUUGGGCAUGGUGUCCAUUUUCUUCAGUGUUGCUGUCCUUUGGGUUCUCCGGAAAAGGUCUUCUGCGCAAGAUGAGACCCUCUCAGCCAACGGGGAGAGAGGCACCUGUGGGACAAAGAGCAGGAAAGCUAAUUUUGUCAAUAGUGACCGUUUAAUUCAGACAUCUUACUGGCCAGAAAAGGAGACUAGACUUUAGAAAGACUGAGAUCUGUCAUGAUUUUACCCAAUCACUGAUGUUCCAGGCAAAAAUUCAUCAUCAGUGAAGCAGUAUCUUAGUAUCCACCCUGAAAACAGUCACCUUCAUGUAAUACUCAUGUAAACACCAAACGCAAAGACAACCAUUUUAGCAUACGUAUCGCUCUGAAAACACUGCUCACUGUCUGUCCUGCUGAGUCAGUACCAGUUAAGUGAAGGGAUUUGUAAUGGCUGCGAAGGUUCAGCUUUCGCCCCUGACAAGAAGCUGGUUCUAUGGCUGCCCUUCAUCUCAAUCCCUUCUUAUCAAGCUGCAACAGCUGCUGCUUCCCCUCAGCCUCUUCCUGUGUGUGAGGGGCAGUGGGGAGGCUGAAACACAGCUCUCUCCACCAUGGUAUCAGCACAUGAAGAGCUGGUGUCCAAAACCUGACUUGGUAACCUGGAAGGUGCAGGGAUAUCCUGCACGUAGGUCACCCUUACAAGCAGUGCAGCAUGGGGCAGGGGAAAGGUGGUUUGCUGGAAGGAGAAAUCAGGUACAGGCUCUGGGCAUCUCAUGAUGCAUACAUGAUCCAUAACAUGUAGGAUGUUAAAUGUUGUAGUUAAGGAUUCUUUUUCAAGUAGCUCUAUUAUUGCACAACAAUCGCAGCAAUGAAAGUUGUCAUUGCAGUCAGAGAGAUCACAAGAGUAUCAUUCAAAGGAAACUGGAAUAAAACCAGAGCUUUUUUAGGUUUCCAGCAGUUUCUUGCUACUUGCUAGUACUCAGUGAACUGGAUAAUUCCAUGCAUUUUAUACAAUGUAAUAACGCCAUGAUACAAGAUACAUAUGAUUUAUUUUUUAAAAAGCUGUGACAAGUCAUCUUGGGAACAAUAAAAAGAAUUCAAAGA